UGCGGGUCAGCUGAUUAAAGUGUUGUCAGGACUUUCCAAUAAGGUCGUUCGCACCACCGCAGCCACUGGGGCGUCAUUACUGCUCGGGGCUCAGGGCAGAACACUGUUUCAGAGUAAUUGACUCAGCAGACGCACUCUGGACAGCAGGACUUGCAAUUACAAUUUAACGUCAUAUCCAUGAUCAAGUGAACACUGCACGCAGGGACACCCUCGCGAAGCUCCAUCAACGACAUAUCAGACCGCUACCUUCCUCUAAACCAAAGGUGAAUACUCUUACGUGGAGAUGAGCUACGAAAAUCCUCCACCAUACACAGCCUCUGGUGCCCCUGUUCCGGGUUACCCUCCUGCCAACGCUCCUGGCUACCCACCUCAGGGCUACCCUCCUCAUGGUUACCCACCUCAGGGCUACCCCGCUCAGGGAUUUCCACCCGGUCCUGAGCAAGGACCGUAUCCUAACUACCCUGCUGGACCACCAGGGUCGUACCCUGUCCAACCUGGCUAUCAGGGAUAUCCAGUGCCUCCUCAACCAGGGUAUGGAGGACCGGUGUAUGGGGAGGCUCCCAAAAACACAGUGUACGUCGUGGAACAAGGUCGGCGAGAUGAUUCGGGUGAUCAGGCGUGUCUGACCGCUUGCUGGACGGCUUUGUGCUGCUGCUGUCUGUGGGACAUGUUGACCUAAUCUGUCGAGGCCUCAUCUGUAAAGACCCCUUUUAUUUGUUUUUAUUUUAUUUUUUUCCUCCCUUCUCUGUAUUUAAUGUAUGACUACUGCAAAAACAAUGAUUCACUGAAAGAGAGAGCGAUGUGUGUUUGUUUCAGGGAUUUUACAUGUUCCAGUUUGGAUAACUUCUUGUCACACCUUCAAUAAAUUCAAUGCUAUGCACUGAGACGUUUGUAGAGAUGCGAUCCAAGUUCUAGCACUUGUAAACUAAUGCUGUUUUUAUUUUAUAUUUUAUGUAGCCACAAAGCGAAUGCUUUGCUAGAAUAUAAACUGUCUACAGGUAUAGAAACGAAAGCAUGUUUUUUGUUUUGUUCAGUUUAAAGCUAUAGGAGGAUGGACUGUUGAAAAUACUAUCAGAACGAAUAUUUCUAACCUUACAUGUAUACUAAAUAAAAAUCUUCAGUUUUUGA